UUCGACUUCGGUGAGAGAAAGACAUUCCUUGUGGAUCCUCCAACGGACCUUCUAUCCCGAGUGCAAGCGUUUCUGCCAGCUCUAGAAGCCUCUAACUCUCAACUUCUCCAGCAAGCAAAAAAUGAUCCACGAAGCGUAGACAUUGAGCAUAUUGAUGACUCUGUACAGCAGCAUAUCGAAAUGAAUCUUGGCCUCGGAUUAUUCGAGAAGCGCGCUAAGGGAGCGUCUGAAGGCGAUGCAUCUAGUUCUGAC